AAUUCUUACAUUGAUGUCUGUGCUCCAGGGACUCACAUCUCUCCAUAUGGAUUUCUGUAACUUUUGGCUGCCUUUGCUCACUUUGGCCGCACUCGGAUGCUGUUCCGAGGGCAAUCCGCUUCUCAGCGACAACGCAAACGGCGUAAUCGGUAAAAAUGUGACCUUCAAGACAACAAUCACCUCAACACAGGGCUUUCUAACCAUAACAUGGAAUUUCAAAAAAGGUCAAGUAAUUGUACCAGUUAUCACACACAUUCCAACAACAAGCACAGAAAACAUUGAUAAGAAAUACACCAGCAGAAUCAUCUACAAUAAGACUACGUGUGAGCUUCAGCUCGGGCCGCUGGUGAAGGAGGAUGGAGGGGAAUAUACUCUCACUGUAGUCGAUCUCAAAGGAGAGCAACUGUCUGGACAGAUUGACCUCGAGGUUCUUGAACCCAUAACUGACGUUAAGAUUUCAUCGAAUGUACCUGAAGCUGUAGAGUUCAACAGCUCCGUGGUUCUUACCUGCUCUGCCAAAGGCUCCUUUACAUACAAGUGGAUGAACGGUUCAGACGCUUUAGUGGUAGAUGGCACACGUGUACAGCUAAACACACCUGGCGAUGUGCUAAAUAUUGCUGAAGUUCGACGUACAGAUCUGCGAGGACCCAUCGUCUGCAUUGCAGAGAACGCACUGGAGUCAGGGAGGAGUGCUCCCUUCAAUCUCACUGUGAGCUAUGGCCCAGAGAAAAUCGUCAUGACACAGACUCCAACAGAUUCAUUUCUUAAGAAAGGCUCUAACUUAAUACUCGCAUGCUCAGCUCAGUCUGACCCUCCUGCUCAGCUCCAGUGGAUGUUUAAUGGAGCAGUGAUGCCUCAGAAGACCACGGCCAACAUUACCCUCGCUAAUGUAGAUGAAACAAACAGUGGAAACUAUAGUUGUGUGGCCUACAAUGUGAAGACCAACCGCUACCUUUCAUCGCAGAUUGCUGUGGUGUCUGUUCUGGAGGUCUUAUCUGGAACAAAUAUCUCCAGCUCCUCAUCACUUCUCAUCGCUGGCAACAGCACGGUCAACAUCACCUGCUCUGCAGCCACUGGAAAAGCCGAAAGUGUGGACUGGCUGAAGGACAGCAAACCUCUGAUUCCUGGUGACCGUGUCAUUCUCUCAGCCGACAAGAAAACUCUGACCAUUGUUAAAGUUGUUAGAGAGGAUGCGGGCGACUACAAGUGCCAGCUGAAGAACAAAGUCAACCAAGACGAAAGCACCUAUAAGAUGGUGAUCAACUAUGGUCCAGUGAAUGGGAAGGUUGAUGGGAAGAAAGAGGUGAAGUUUGAAGAACUUGUAAAAUUAACCUGCUCUGCAGAGUCUGUUCCUCCGAGUACAUACUCAUGGAAACUCAACGGUACAGCGAAGAACUUCAGCAAUGCAGUCUUAACAAUUGAGAAGGCCAUGGUCACGGACAGUGGCCUGUACACCUGCGAGGCAUUCAACCCCAUCACGGGAAUGAUGACCUCAGCGACUCACAAACUUGCAGUCACAGAGAUUGGAGCGGUAGAUGAGGGCCUGUCUGGUGGAGCGAUUGCUGGGAUUGUAAUUGGUGUGCUUGUGGCCAUUGUCAUCCUCGCUUGUAUUAUAAAGCGCAAGAAAAAAUCAAGCUCAGACAUUACAUCUCCAUAUUAAAGUGAGACCUGGCGGUGAAGUGACCCGAGCAUAUCAACAAGACCAACCCUUCAGCCAUUUAUCAGUCUUUUUUAUCUGCAAAAGCCUUCUAUCAAGGCAACUGGAAAAACUGCCCUCACAAGUGACUUAAACCUGCAGGUUUGGCCCUUUCAGGAGUUUAAAUGUCCAUUGUUUUUCUGUUAUACCCUGUGUAAACGUACCCCAAUCUUAAGGACAAGAUAAAGGUCGACGGCAAGACUGUUUACCUUUACCUGUGUCUCUUCCUUUCCUUGGCUGAAGUGGACAGCUUAUUUUGUUCCUCAAGAAACAUGAAACAGCCUCCAUCACCCUCUCAAUCCUUCACCUGACGUGACAGCUCAGUCAUCCUGGCUUGACGUCUCAGGGGUCAGUUUGAAAGAGUUUUAUCUAAAUCCAGCCUGAAAUGCACUGAAGGGUGACGAGACCGCCACGUGUUCAAGAUCUAAACGCACCCACAAGGCACUGAAACAUCGAGAUUUUAAGACCUGUUCAACAUGCUUGGAAGUCCCAAGGCAAUGAAGAUGACGUUUGGCCAACUUAGCUCAAAGCCGAAGGCGAUGGAAGGUCGAAGGAAGGUCAUUCAUGGCAAAGCGUGCCUUGGAGAUCAGAUGCAGGCUUGAAGCUUCUUACACCUUUGCCAUGUUUUUCUACACUUUUUUAACCCCUCGUCUCUUCCCGUGUCUCUUAGUGAGCCAUACACAUUUUAUUUAAAGAGUAAGGCAAGCUCCAACAUGCUUGAUCUGAGAAGCAAGAAGAAAAAAAUGCAUUUCUGCGGACAACGACAUACCACAGUUUUGCAGGAAAUUGCUACUCUGUCCUUGGGCAUCCCCAAAACGAUUCUUCCUGCUGUAAUCAGGAUUCCAAUGGACUCAGGUUCUAAAACAGGCCUGUUUUCAAAAUCACAAACAUAUCUGAAGUUUAAAACGGUAAAGUAUUUGUGUUAUACAUUUAAGCUGAUUAUUGUGUUCUAGUAUGUGAGAAAAUGUUUUUUUUUUCCUUCUUAUCACUAGAUAUCCAAUCCUGAUUCUUUCCUUUAUUUGUUUAGUUUUUCUCUUCGACCAAAGCAGUGAUCUUAAAGAUCUUGUAGUGAUCUGUUUGAUGUUGCUUAGAUCUCUCUAGAUAGAGAUGCAUCUGUAAAAAUUCUGAGCGUGUCUUCAUAUGUUUUUUUGUAUACAGGGGCGAAGCAGCCAUAAUCCCUGGUAUCUCCCAUUCAUUUUUAGAGAUUUUAAAGUUAAUCCCUUCACUUUUUGGAAAUAAUCUUUUUUUGUUUGUUUGUUUGUUUUUUUUUCAAAGAGUUACAUCCACAAAAAAAAGAAGCCUCUGCUCUCAUAU